CGCCACGUUCCUCGCUUUCAAAGUUUGUAAUACCGAGAUGCCGGGGAUUCCGGAAAAACGAAAGAGGCCGACUAUACGCGAGAGCGACGAUGAAGAGCAGCCGGGCGUUUCUGACGGCUCGGCCAGCAAACGCGCGCGCUCCAUCAGCGACGCGUCCGGCAGCCCCUCAAGCAAUCACAGCCACCACCGCCUUCCCGAAGAUGUGCACCAGCCUGGGUCUUUGGUGCGGGUUAAGCUCACAAAUUUUGUCACCUACACCUCCGCCGAGUUCCAUUUGGGACCUAGCCUCAACAUGAUUAUUGGCCCAAACGGGACAGGCAAAAGUACGCUGGUAUGCGCCAUUUGUCUAGGCCUUGGAUGGGGCCCUCAGUAUCUCGGCAGAGCCAAGGAGAUUGGUGAAUUCGUGAAGCACGGCAGCGCCGAAGCAGAGAUUGAGAUCGAACUUGCUGCUUCUGGCAACCGAAAGAACCCGGUGAUUCGUCGAAGAAUACAAAAAGAAGGUAACAAGACAAUGUUUUACAUCAACGACGUGUAUAAAUCACAAAAGGAUGUCAAAGCUUUGGCAGAGAAUUUCUCCAUACAGAUCAACAACCUCUGUCAAUUCUUGCCCCAAGACCGUGUUGUCGAGUUCGCGAAGAUGGACCCUAUCGCGAUGCUUGGGGAGACAUUACGUGCUGCAUCGUCUGGUCAAAUGGUAGAAUGGCACGACGAGCUCAAAAGGCUGCGGACAGACGAAAAAGCCUCGGAACGUGAGCAGCAAAAUGAGCAACACCAUCUGAAAGCUCUACAGGCCAAGCAGAGCUCUACGCGAGAAGAUGUUGAUCGGUACCUCCAACGCCAAGGGCUUGUCACAAAAGCGAGGGACCUUGAAACUUGCCGCCCGUUCAUUCAUUACAACGCGAUAAGGGCGGAGAGGAGCCGUAUCCAAGCAGAUAUACAGGCCGGCACAAUCGACCUGAACCGGUACGAGUCCGAAGCGGAGCCCAUUCGCCGCGCCGAAGCGGAAAUGGAGAGCGACAAGGCACGGAUCGAAAGGGUCUCCAAUACCCGAAAGCAUCGCUUCGAAGUCAAGAAAAGCGCCGUUGAUCGAUUUGAGAAGAAAAUCGACAAUGACCAGAAGAGCUUGGGUCAACUUGCAGCCCAAAUCAACGCCGAGAAGCAAGAUGAGAAGCAGCGGAGGCAGGACGUGAGGCGGCUGGAAAACGAGAUCAUUAAUCUGAAACACCAACAUGAGAACAAUACCGUGGAGUACGACCCAGAUUCAUUUCGUUCACGGCUAGCCGAUAUUCGCGCCCGGAAGUCUGCAGCUGAGCGAAAACAAAACGCCCAUAUCAACGAAAUCACCAGGAUUCGCGAAGAGACCGUUCAAAUCACCAAUGACAUGCAUUCCAAACAGAAGGAGAAGGAGCAUCUCAAUUCGCGAAGUGGCCAGCAAGAUAGUAUAUUGUCCAAUCUGUCACCGGACACCCACACAGCCUGGACUUGGCUCAAAGCAAAUAUAAAGUCGCUAUCAUUGAAAGACAAGGUAUAUGGGCCCCCGAUCAUCGAAUGCUCAGUACCGGAUCCGAAAUACGCCGAUGCUGUCGAAGCGAUGCUGCGUCUUGGAGAUCUAACGGCUCUCACGUGCACGAAUAAAGAGGAUGCCCAGAAAGUCCAAAACAAACUUGUGGGCAAGAAGGAUGCAGGCGGUCUGGGCUUGCACCAAGUUACCAUCCGCACAGUCCCACUGCCGCGUUCUAGUUACUCACACCCUCUCACCUCCGAAGAGCUUGCGAAUUUUAGUUUUGAGGGGUGGAUAAGUGAUUAUAUCGAAGGACCCGACGCCGUACUAGCGAUGUUAUGCGAUAACGUCAAGAUCCAUGCCACCGCAUACUCAUCCCGAAAAAUGACGACUGGUCAGUACAAUACUCUAGAAAGAAAUGAAAGGCUCCAGAAAUGGAUUGCGGGAAAUCAAGUGUAUGCCGUUACCCGACGCCGAGAGUAUGGGAUAUCGUCCACCAGCAUCAACACGUUCAGGAAGGCAAAACAUUUCACGGGCCAACCUGUCGCUACCGCGGAAAUAACGCUGUUGGAGAAUGCGAUCAAAGAACUCGAGCGCGAUGUUACUAUGAGAAAGGAACGCCACGUUGCUAAAGCAGCUGAGUUUAACGCAGCCAAGCUGGAGAUUGAAGAAGCUGAGGCUGAAAGGGCCAAAGUUCAAGCCGAACAGGAUCAACUCAAAAAGGCCUAUGCAACGUGGGAGGCGCUACCGCGCAGGAUAGCCACAAAACAAUCCGAUUUAGCGGGCAUCACUAGCCAAAGUGACGACACAAACAACCGUAUCGAAUUGAUUCGAUCCCAAUCCGAAGAUCUCGCCAUGUCUGUGGCACGCGAUACCUUGUCAUAUGCUAAAGAGGUGGUGCAACUGCGAGCUUUGCAGGAAUCGUACCUAGAAGCCGAAAUACGUUUGAUCGAAGCCACUUCUGAAGUGGACGGCUUGAAAAAUGACAAUCGUGAGAUCAUCGAAGCUAUUGAGGAACAGAGGCAAGCUCUUGCUGUUCUCAAAACCGAAUUGGAUGCCAAAACAGCCGAAGCUCGACAUUUAAAAAGGCAAUUGCAGGCAAUCAUCGUUUCGGAUGACGUGAAAGAGCUCAUCAUCGACUUCAAAGACCUCCCAAUGGAACGACUAGACGACGAGAUCUCCGCCGUCAACUCCCGUCUCGAGCUGAUGGCCGACGGAAACCCACAAGCUAUCAGAGCUUACGAGGACCGGGAACGGGAGAUCCGGAAAGUUGAGCAGACCCUUGCAGAUACUGCAGAGAAGCUAGAGCAUACUCGCACAAGAAUCACGGAAAUACGCGAGCAGUGGGAGCCCGAGCUAGACAGGAUAGUAUCUGCUAUCAGUGAUGGAUUCGCUCACAACUUCGACCGGAUUGGGUGUGCUGGGCAAGUCUCAGUAAAGAAAGACGAGGACUUUGACAAGUGGGCCAUCCAGAUCGAAGUCAGCUUCCGCGAAAACGAACCACUUGCCGUUUUGGACUCUCAUCGUCAAUCCGGUGGUGAACGCGCCGUCUCAACAAUUUUCUAUCUCAUGGCGCUCCAGGGUCUCGCGCGCUCGCCCUUCCGCGUAGUUGACGAAAUCAACCAGGGUAUGGACCCGCGCAACGAGCGCAUGGUACACGAGCGCAUGGUCGACAUUGCUUGUCAGGAACAUACGAGUCAAUAUUUCCUUGUUACACCAAAGCUGCUCAACGACUUGAAAUUUCAUCCGAAGAUGAAGGUUCAUUGUAUUGCGAGUGGGGAAUUUAUGCCUGAUUCGCAAACGAAUCUUGAUUUCCGGAGUUUGGCUGAACUGGCAAUGAGGGUGCGGAAAGGUGUAGCUGCUGCCUAAGCAGUAUGCCACAUCAUAUGUUAAGGCAUUUAAAUUUGGGACGUGUUACUUAUACAUGGGUGUGAAGGGCGUGGCGCCCUCGACAACAGCGUGGGAUGUUUAGCAAUCGACUCCAGGGUCCUUAUCGCGGCAUUAAGCUUCUAUAUGUUUGCAGCGCACAAGCCGGGUCACAGUGCCAUUGC